AUGAUGCAAUCAACGGAUUCUGUUAUAGCUGAAAAGGUUAGCAAUCAUAUUCAUGAUGAUCUUGCAUUUUCCAUUCUGUCCAAACUGCCUCUUAAAUCUUUGAAACGGUUUAGUUGCGUACGUAAAUCAUGGUCUUGCUUAUUUGAGAAUUCUAAUUUCUUGAACAUGUACCGCAAUUAUUUCAUAUCUAGUACUUAUGAGGAAGAUGGUCCAUGUCUCCUCCUACAACAGACUCUGCCAUAUUUACCAAAUCUUCAUGUGUUAUAUUUGCUUUUUGGUGAGAGGUUUGAGAAUAAGGUCAAAUUAAAUUGGCCACCUCCAUUUCAAGAGGAUAACAUAGCUAUUCAUAUUUUAGGUCCGGUUAUUAACGGUAUUGUUUGUCUCUAUCAAGGACGAGAACCUGUUGUUAUAUUGUGGAACCCAGCUACCGAGGAAUACAAAGUCCUUCCUCCCAGCCCUACUGAGUCACCUGUACUUUAUGAGGAAGUCUAUUAUUAUGUUCAUGGAUUUGGUUAUGACCAUGUUAGAGAUGACUACAAAGUCAUUCGAUACGUAUCUUAUAGUCUAGAUGUACCUGAUGAUUUUGAAGGUGAUAUUGAUGGUGAGCCAAUCAAGCUGUCACGCGACAACAUGUGGGAGAUAUACAACCUAAGAAGCAACUCUUGGAGAAAACUUGAUCUGGAUCUUCCUCGUGCUCAUCACGGUUGGGUAGGUGUCUAUGUGUACAUGAAGGGAGUGUGUCACUGGUAUCAAGAUGAAUUUGAACAUAAAGGAUAUCUGGUGUCAUUUGACAUAAGCAAUGAGGUGUUUUGUACAACACCCCUGCCUUUGUAUAUGAAUGAUAGCUUUGAUUCUGUAUUUUUGUUGAGAUACUUGAUGGUAUUAAAUGACCACGUUGCAUUGAUCUCAAACUAUGUAGAAAUGACUACUUUUCACAUUUCUAUUCUGGGUGAACUCGGUGUGAAGGAGUCUUGGACUAAACUCUUCGUUAUUGGACCUUUACCUUGCAUUGAGCAUCCUAUCGGGGAGGGAAAGAAUGGUGAUCUAUUCUUCAAAAGAAAAGAUGGCGAACUAGUCAGGUUUAAUUUAAGCACCCAAGUGAUUGAUGAGCUUGGUCUUAAAGGGGAAUUCGGUUGUUGUCAGAUUGUCAAUUACAAGGAAAGCUCUCUUCCUAUUGGACAAAUAAAUGAUCGAUUAUGUUUAUGCCAGUGAGGCAAUUAGGAUUAUUAGGGUUUUUUCCUAUAUGCACUUUUUUUCUUUUUUGUUGUAAGAAUGAUAUUUCCUUUACUCAAUGACCUCCAAUUUUAUGUAAAAUAAGGUAUAUUU